GCCCUAACGAAGCCUAGCCGUACCCGAGCGGCGGAGUCGGCACCUCCUCCGAUCCGUCCCGCUCGCUCGCUCUUGGCAGUCGCGCUGCGGCUGCCGCUGCUCCCGGCCGUGCGUACUAAUUGCCCGGAGCCGCUUAACCAAGGAGAGCCUGGCGCAACCGGCCCGGCCCGCGUUUCGCUCCGGACUCAGCGACCCCACUGCCUCCGGCGCUGUCUCGAUGUUCCAACUGCCUAUCUUGAAUUUCAGUCCCCAGCAAGUGGCCGGGGUAUGCGAGACUCUGGAGGAGAGCGGCGACGUGGAGCGCCUGGGUCGCUUCCUCUGGUCGCUGCCUGUGGCCCCGGCGGCCUGUGAGGCGCUCAACAAGAAUGAAUCGGUGCUGCGCGCGCGAGCUAUCGUGGCCUUUCACGGCGGCAACUACCGCGAGCUCUACCAUAUCCUGGAAAAUCACAAGUUCACCAAGGAGUCGCAUGCCAAACUGCAGGCGCUGUGGCUCGAAGCGCAUUACCAGGAAGCAGAGAAGCUGCGUGGACGGCCCUUGGGGCCAGUGGACAAGUACCGCGUGAGGAAGAAGUUCCCGCUGCCGCGCACCAUUUGGGACGGCGAACAGAAGACACACUGCUUCAAGGAGCGUACGCGGCACCUGCUUCGGGAAUGGUACCUGCAGGACCCAUACCCUAACCCCAGCAAAAAGCGUGAGCUUGCCCAGGCAACCGGACUGACCCCUACGCAGGUGGGCAACUGGUUCAAAAACCGCCGACAAAGGGACCGGGCGGCUGCAGCCAAGAACAGACUUCAGCAGCAGGUCCUGUCGCAGGGCUCCAGCCGGGCGCUAAGGCCCGAGGAAGAGGGCACGCCCGAGGUGCUGGGCGCCGCCGCCAGCCCGGCCGCCAGCCUAUCCAGCAAGGCAGCCACUUCGGCCAUCUCCAUCACGUCCAGCGAUAGCGAGUGCGACAUCUGAGCGGCCCAUCCAGCACGCUCAGAAACAAUUCGGUGUAAAAAAAAAAUUAAAAAAAAAUGAGACAAACAAAAUGAAGGAGAGAGAAGGUGAUGAGAGACCAAGCAAUCCAGCGCAUGCAAUCCAGGUGACCAGGGACCCGCAGCCUGUCGGGCUGCCGAGUCCACCCCGCGGCCUGACCCGCUCCACCCGGGCCCUCCGGCCGCUACCAGAGGCCCGCAGUGAGGCCUGACCCAGCUCCAGGUUCUCCUUGCUUUGCUUUUCCCCCAAGGAUUUUACUGCAAAGAUGCCUCCGGAACCCGAACUCCAAAGCUGAACGCCUCCCCUGAAUCUCCCGUGGGUAUUUCACGUGAAAGGACGCUGUUAUAUAUGUAUAACUUUUGCUUUAAAGUUUUUUUUUUAAAAAAAGCAAAACAUAUAUAUGUUGUUUAUUUACUUAUUUAAGAGACUGACAGGGUAAGUUUCUUUGUAUCUCCAGAGAACUUGAUGUUACUAAAGGCACAGGGUGGAGCCGAUGGGUUCUGUGUGAAGAAGCCAAACAAUAAAAACCUGGUGAGCAACCUCUCCUAACUAAGGGAGCUGCUCUCAUUCCAAAAAGAAAACAGAGAUCAUUCUCUUCACCAGGCAGGCAGGGGCCAGUGUGCAUAUGUUCUCAGGAGAGUCUUUUCUAUAUCUUUUGCCUUUUCUGAUGUCUCCUGGUAUAUUUUUAAAGCAGCCCAAGGUAGGUCCACAACCACUUCCUUGUCAAAUUUUAGAUGUGUGUGUGUGUGUGUAUAGGAAUGUAUGUACAUAUGCAUAUAUGUAUGAUCUAUUUAAACUUCAAAAUUGGCAACAAGAUCAUCUCCUAUAAAGCAACUCUUCAAAUCCCCAGCACAGGUGAUUAACUAUAGCUUGUCCACCUGACAUUCACUUAUACGAAAGUGUCACCGACUUUCAGAAACACUUUUGGAAGCCAAACUCUGAGACUCAAUAGUGAGUCCUAUUUUAUAAAAAUAAAAACUAUUCCAACAGAGGCUCUGCAAUGAGAAAGGCUUUCCAUCACCUUUGAAGCCCCCUCCUAUACAAAAGCAGUAGGCACCCAUAAUCAUGCGAAUGAGCAUAUACAGCAUUUAGGAUUGAACUUGUAUUAAAAUAAAACGAAAUAAGAUAGGAGAGGUUGUAAUAACUAGACUAGAAUCUUCUCAAUGUAGAAGCAGGUUUUAAUCAAAUGCACUCUUUUCGACAAAAGGGAUACUGAGGUGGAAAAAAGAAUGUAAUCAUGUCACAUAGUGAGGUCAAAUACAAGGCUGCAGAGAAAGGACUGGCAUUUUAAAAAAUCUGAUCUCUGUAUUAAACAUGAAACAAAUCAUCCAGAGCCUCAAUGUCCUAUAAGGGCCUCAAUUUAAAAUAUAAAAUAUUCUCAGAGUUUAAUUUGUCCUCCGAAAGUAUGGGGGUACACAAAGCACAAAACACACACACACCAAAAACAAAACAAGCAAAAAAGGCUCCACCUACUGUCCUUGCACUAAAAAUGUAAAUGCUAUCCAGAGAGUCUCUAAGCUUUUUUCCUAGUGAAACAGAUUGCAUUUUAUAAAAUUUGACAUUGGUCUUUAAAUCACUUGAGCUGAACUUCCCCUUCAAGCACCCUCCCCCCACUUCCACCUACAGACUUCUUUCAAUUUGCCUUUCUGUCCUUAGCAGACACUCUGUGGUUCAGAAGCCUGAGAACUUAUUUGGGUAGAAGUGUGAUGUGCAAACCAAACAAAAAUAAGUGAAGUCACAGAAGACAAAAAGCAGCCAAAUGGCAAGUUACAUAAGGAAAGCCCAGGACACGAGUAAGGGUUGAUUUUUGGUUUCUAAAUCUCAUAAACAGAUUUGGCCUCAUUUAGUCUUUAUAAAUGGUUGUCUUUGUAUACAGGGGCCCUUAUCCAGAGAAUUGUUGACAAUCAAAACUCUUGCACAGAGCUCCAGAUGGAAGGAAUGGAGAAGUCUUUGUGAUCAAGCUGGUGUUCUUCUGGAAAGCAAGUAAAUGCCCUUGUUGGGUCCUGAAAGGCUAGGGUGGUAGAGCUUCCUUAAGGCUCUUUUAUUUCCUAGAGCCACAGGUACUUCCUAUUUUAUUUCCCAGAGCCUCAAUGCCCUAUAAGGGCCUCAAUUUAAAAUAUAAUGCCAAGAAGAAAGGCCAAGACUCCAAAGAAGCAAGGGAGUCACCUAGACUACAAAAUUUAAGGAGCCAUUCACUCUCAAGGUCAAGUAAGUGCACAGCAUCUGGCAGUGAGCAUCCACUUAAAUUUUGCACUCUAGGUGCUGCCCUUGCCUCUCCUUAGACCUGAAUCUGCUAAGAAGUAUUGCACUUCAAUGAAAAAUCAAAAGAUUUCCAGUCGUUCCCCAGUCGGACGCCAUCCUAACUACAGAGCUGUCCAAAUCAGCAUUUGGAGAAAAUAUUAGGCAAGUUUUACCUCUUAAGCCGAUGCUUCCAGGUUUAAGAGGGGAGGGAAAGGACUAAUCAGUGGAAUGAUGUGAAGGAAUUUAAGAUUCUAAAAAUCCUACCCAACUCAGCAUUUCAAAUGAUGCCUAAAAGCAGAAGGAAGUGUCCAUUCUGCAUUCUCAAAGGGAAAAAAAAAAGAGAGAGAGAGAGGGGUUAACACUGCUAAGAACUAAGCUUUUUCUUUACAAAUAAUUUUAAAAUAGUGCUUGUGUGGCCAGUGAUGGAGACUUUUUCUUCCUGCUUUGGUGAAAGCCUUUAAAGCACAUCUUCCUUGGGAGUUCUCUUGCGUCACAGUGGCUGCAGUGCAGCGGGGUCAAUCCCUGCCUGUGAACUUCCACAUGCCUCGGGCAUUGCCAAAACAAAACGAAAUACAUCUUCCUUUACAGUAUAUCUAAUUUGCUUAAAGUAACAUGCUACCUAAGGAUUACACUAUAAAGUAGUUCUGUUCACCAAUUUGUAGAUUUAUUUAUAAUUUCACUUUAGUGUCUUAAGGGGUGACAUUAAAACACCUCUUAAAUACUAUGAAUAUCUGAAACCUGGUGGCACCUAUGAAUAAUAAGUAUUUGUGAAUAAUCAAUUCACUGAUGAUCGUAUGUUGGAAAUUGGUCCAAAUCUUCACACACAUUUAUUCUAUUUUAACUGGCUCACAUCCUCCCAUGGACGGGUGUUGUAAAUGUUUUCGUUUUCUUUUUAAGAUUUUUUUCCUUAUCAGUUUUAUCAUGAUCUAGAAAGAUGGAGGGUUUUUUGUUUUGAAUUCCAGUUAGUAGCAGUGCCGAAGGUUUCUGAAUUUAGGGAAACGUCUAUGAUGAUGAGUUUCCUUUUUUCUUUUCUCAAAAUUAAUUUCCCGUAACAAUUUCCAAAAAAAAAAAAAAAAGCAGGUAGUCCAGCAGCGUAGAAAAAAGCUGCACUUUUAUAUUU